AUGAACAGCCAGGGGAAAGCACCAGCCUCCGGCUGGGCCAGAGUAGAGAAGCGCUCCUUGCUUAGUCAGCUGCGCCAUUUCCAGUUCAAGGAGAUAACGAAGAGGCGCAAAUGCCAGAUCAGCCAGGAAAGGCUCGGCCCAGGAACGUACAACAUCAAGGACUUCCUGCAGGCGUCAAGGCCCUCCAGCCUCCGGGGGAUCUGCGACACGAGGGAGCCGCGGUUCAGAGAUGCCCACAGGGACUGCUUCCCUGGCCCUGGUGCGUAUGGGAAUCCCUACACCCGCCUCGAUGAGAGGGACAAGCGCUCUGCCAGCACAUGAGGGCUGAUGGAUAGCAGGACAGCCAGGUGUACCCUGCUGGCAGCCAUGGACAGUGGCCUAGGACCUGGCACCUACCACCUGCGGAGCAGCAUGGACAAAGGGCUGCGGCAGAUGGGCGGCCCGAGCCCUUGCCAGCCCUUCUUGGGGAACAGGUCAAAGCCUGCUGGUGGUCGCCAUCACACCUUGGAGCAGAGGAGAGGCACCGAGCUGAGCACUGGCACUGUCAAGGGUUUCGUGGAUGAGCUGAUGUUGAAGGAGAACAAGAAAGGCUGCUUCAGCACCCUGCCGAGGAACCCGUGCUGCCCCACGGAGAGAAUCUUCUGGGCCACGCUCAGCCAGUGCCCGAGGGAGGCGUACAUGGUGGGGCCAGGCUCCUACAACCCAAAGCCCAUUGAGAGAUCAGUGUACUCCAGCCAAAUACCAUUCUGGUCAUCUGCCAAGAGAUUUGACAGAAGGUCCUACCGCCUCUUUACUGGCAACAAG